AUUCAAUUCUAUGAAGAACAGAGGAGAAACUUGAGAGACUAGACGACGACGACGAGAAGUAGCCAUCGUCAUCAACUCAUACGCAUUUGAAUUUCGAAGAUCGAUCUGAUUGGCCGCAGAUCUGAAUUGAAGAUCUGUGCUCGGGGGAUCGAAUAACCAGAUAUCGAAGUAUGGUGUUUCGAUCCCGAAUCGCGACUCUACUGUUCUCCAUGCUCGCCACUCUCGCUGCUGUAUACGUCGCCGGACGGUUAUGGCAGGACGCACAGAAUAGGGUUUAUUUGAUCAAAGAGCUUGAUAGGAUAACUGGUCAGGGACAAUCUGCAAUCUCAGUGGAUGAUACAUUGAGAAUCAUAACAUGUAGGGAACAACUAAAGAAGUUAACAGCCCUUGAGACAGAGUUGGCUGCGGCUAAACAAGAAGGUUUUAGUUCAAAGCACUUGAAAGGGACUGAUAGGGCUGAUUCAAGAAGGAAGCCACUGGUAGUGAUAGGUAUACUAACAACUUUUGGACAUAAGAACAAUAGAGACGCAAUCCGAAAAGCAUGGAUGGGUUCUGGUAUGACUUUGAAAAAGACGGAGAAUGAAAAAGGCAUAGUUACACGAUUUGUUAUUGGAAGAAGUGCAAGCCGUGGUGACAAUCUGGACAGGGGUAUUGACGGCGAAAACAAACAGAAUAAUGACUUUAUCAUUCUUGAUGAUCAUGUAGAGGCAGUUCAGGAGCUUCCAAAGAAGGCCAAGUUAUUCUUCGCUUAUGCUGCAGAUAAAUGGGAUGCUGAGUUCUAUGCUAAAGUCAAUGAUGAUAUAUAUGUGAAUAUUGAUACCCUAGGAGCUACACUGGCGACCCACUUGAACAACCCUCGUGUUUACAUUGGGUGUAUGAAAUCAGGCGAAGUAUUCUCUGAACCGAGCCACAAGUGGUAUGAACCUGAUUGGUGGAAGUUUGGUGACAAGAAAUCGUACUUUCGCCAUGCUUCGGGAGACAUGUAUGUAUUAUCAAAAGCUUUGGCCAAGUUCAUAUCAAUAAACAGAUCUGUGCUCCGCACUUAUGCACAUGACGAUGUCAGUGUUGGAUCCUGGUUCAUUGGGCUUGAUGUCAAGCACGUUGAUGAAUCAAAGUUUUGCUGCUCAUCUUGGUCAUCAGGAGGUAUCUGUGCCGGAGUAUGAUUUCUGGUUUUUCACCCAAUCGUGAGUUGCAACAGAACAAAAUGCUGACAUGAUUUUGAAGUCGUUGCUUUGCUCUUCAAUCACAGGAGUUUGUUGGACAUCAAUUUUGAUGUUCAUACAAAAUUUGAUUCUCGUCUCUUGGACAAAAUACCGGGUUUGGUUCGUGGAUAUGCUACAUAUAGUUAAAAAAUGAGGAGAUGGUUCACCGGAGGCAUGGUACAGCUGUUAUACAGAUAGGCAAAUUUGAUAGGAUAAUUUUGUGAAACCGAUGUGUAAAGAGGCUAAUUCAUUCAUUCAUAAGGAGGGGAAACAUGUUUCUGUUUGGCGAUCUA